GAAUCGCUUUUGGCGCAAAAGAUUGUAUUUUAAACCCCAACAUAUAAGAAAAAGAGAGAAAAGCUCCAAAUGCAAGGUAGAGAGAGAUUUGUCGUGUGGUUAAAGAUGAAAUGAUACUACACCACUGAACGGGGAUGAUCAAUGGAGUUUUUUCUUCUUCUUCGUGGUGGGAGGCAAAAUAUUUACCUUUCCACCUUCUUCAUCGUACGAAAAGGCAAAAAUAUAUUGUUGUAAAAGAAGCUAAUACACGUAAAAAGCACAACCACAGAGUCAAGCAACAAGAAAAUUGCUUUGGAUACCUUCACAUGUGGCGCAAAAUGCUGAAGAAAUCAUCAAACUUUUCAGUUUCACACUGAACUCAACGCUAAGCACAUCGCAAAAAAAGAAAGACGAAUCUUUGGGAUAAAAAUUCUUUUGAAAUACGAACGAAUCCCCCAAAAGUUCCGAGAAAAGUUCACUGAUAAAGAACCAAAAAGUUCUUUUAGAAGAAAAAAAUCAAUUAUUCAUUUCCCAAUGGAUUGGGAUGAAUUCAUCAAACAUUCCCUGUGAUUGCUUUCACAUCCCCUUUCCAUCAGCAGUUCAGUUCGACUUUUAUCAGUGACUGUGAGUGAAAAAUUGUUCCCUCCAUGAUUUACUUGUGAAGUUUUACAUCGAAAAAAAAAAGGAAAUACCCAAAAAACCAGCCAAAGAAAUCCAAGAAAAGUGUUUUUGUGAGUAGGAUACGAGUGAUUGUUAAAAACAUACAAGACGAAACCCUUCUUCAAACCAUUUCAACUCUGAAAUCGGAGAUAAUUGUUGUGAAGAAUUCUGUGUGCGUCUUUAAGCAAUAGAAACAAUAUUUUGAUUUAUUUUAAAGAAAAAAUGGUUAAUGUGAAAAAAUUCCCUCAUCGAGUGUGUCUCAUUGCUUUUGUGGCCCUCAUCAUCCAGACAUGCAGUGCCAAUAUAGACAGAGACAUUCUUCUGACGCCCAAUCAAACGGAUAACCUUCCAUCCUACAAAUUUCAACACUACAAUCCAAGUGAAUCUUCUCUGCAGGAUAUCAGUGGAGAAAAUGUUGUCACACAUGCCCCAUGGGAGGAAGCACUCAAGUACACAGCUUACCUUGCAUUGGCACAAAAUACUGUCAAUACCAUUCAAAGGGGAAACAAAGACAAAUUGCCACCAAAGAGCGAUACAAUGAGGUUGCCCGACACCGAACCCACUGCUGCUGAUGACACCACAUCAAUGAACGAUGCCCUACGUAGAGCACCUCUUGUAGGAUAUGACAUGACAAAUCUCCCAAGAUUUGGUGAUAUCAUCCUCAUGGCACGGGGGCGUUUGGAAAAGUCCCCAAAUGGCCAAUUUCGCUUUGUGCAGACAAUCGAUGGGCCAUUUUGCAUUGAAACUGAUUGCCUGCGUGAAAUGCCACACAAUGUAACUGCCCUCUGGUCCGUACACAGGAUAAGGCAUCGUGAUUCUGAGAGAAAGCAUCGCUACGAAUUGAGAUUUAGUAUUGUUCCAAUUGGGGAGAAUCUCGGCGCAGACGGUGCAAAACGCGACGCGAGAGCAUUCAAUCAUGCCCCACAUCAGACACGAAACUACAUUCUGCGUGAUGAUGAAUACCCAAAUCUUUUUAGCAGCCUUCAUGGGGAUGGCAUUGCGUAUGGGACAGAACAACCCCAGAGACGCUACGAUAGGGUAGUAACCCCGUCAAUUUCACGAACAAUCUUUGACUUUAUGCCCUUCUUCAGGCGCCCAACAGUUCAGCAGCAUCAGCCGUCAUUUAGCAGCUACGGCGGCUUCCCCUUUGGGCCGUUCACGUAUAAAACCAUGAGGCCGUCGUACGAACUCAAUGCCGGCGAAAUAAUGGUGGAGAAACCCAUGAAGAGUGUCUACAUUAAGCGCCCAUCAACCUUCUCACCCAAUUACCUCUUUACGUCUCCAUCGAAAAACCGUGACGUCUACGUAAAGCACUUUAUCCCAGAAUUCGUGAAGCUUCCUGAGGAGAAGUUCCCUCCAACCGGCACAGAAGCCCCUAAGCGUCCAAUUCACCAUCAACUAGUUAAGCCACACUACCAACCAACACCCCUUCCCCAACAGUACGACAACGGAGCUGCUACAACAAUCAGACCUAACAUUCCAGCCUUCCCCUAUAACUACGUCUACGCUGAUGGUCUUGUCAAACGGCCCAUUUACAAGCCAACCUUCACUGCAGACAAAAACAACCUGAUUGAGUACGUCAAGUACACUAAACCCGUUGUAGAUCACACCUCAUCCGCUGAGUACGCCGAAUACGUCAAGACGAAUCUACCCUUUACAACGAAAUACAGCAAUGACGGCGGAAAGUUCCAAAAUCCCGAAACAACAACCUUUGGAACGGGGCAAUUUGUUCCACACGAUGCUAUAUCCUUCCCAUCAGCUGCCAUUGCUAGCUUCCCAAAUACCCCGUAUGCGAUUCCUAUUCAAGUUCAACUAGUCACACCACCUGGCUUCCAGUACGUUGCUGCGGAUUAUCCAACAACCUUCCGUUUUAUGGCUCCAGCUAUACAAAUUCCAAAGCAGCAACAACAGCAACACUAUGCUCCAACUGCAUCAGCCACACCCCUUCCGCCAUCAGCAUCAACCCAAACGGAAGCCCCUUCAUCCCCUUCUGCUCCAUCAGCCCCAUCAGCCCCAUCUGCUCCAUCAAGCCCUGACUCCUUCACACCUUACGUCCCAAAGAGAUCAUCAACAAUCCCCCCCAAUACGGCAGGCGGUCAUGAAUACAAGAAAUUCCGUUCAAGCAGCAAAUACGAACGAACGAGGUAUUCAGAUCCUGAUCCACUCUAUCACAAUGACUACUUUACAACCCUCAUGCCAUACAAGAGACCCGUUGAAAUCACUACAAUUCGUCAAUCUCUCCCUGUGCGUCAUGCCUCAUCAUCCACCCCGUAUCCAUCAACAUCAACAUCUCCCUCCCCAUCAACACCUUCACCAUCAAUCUCCUCUUCAGCCUAUCAUUCAAUCACCUCCCCGUCAAGCCUCAAUUCCUACUCCACAAGCUCCCUCUCCUCACGUCAGGAGACAUCCCAUAAUUCCCGCAGUAGUACCGUUCGAACGUACUUCCAACCAAUUGUUGCUGAAGAGGUGAAACAAUCCUCCGAUGAAACGGACAACUCCAAUACGGAUAAUGAAGUUUUCCCUGAAAAAACCUACAACGAAGCCGCCGCAAUUUCAUCAACAAGUCGUCCAGAUCUCUUCUACCAGGACUCAAUUAACGCCCAACUUCCUGCUCCUGAGAAUGGGCGAGACUACAGACUGCAGCACUACGAAGAAACAUCUCCUGAACCAUAUAGAUCAACAUCAACUACACCUGUUCUCAUAACACCAACAAAACGUAGCCCUGAAGAUCGUCCUCAUAGGCACCCCUCGACGACUACACGUCCUACACAGACUAUUCCUCAAACUACAGCUGCAGUUGCUCAGGCUGUUGUUGCUGCUUCAUCAACAACCCCUGGGGGGACACUAAAACCCCGUGGGAGCUACCGAAAGAGACUCUACCUGCCACGAACAACGGAAAAGCCCGUGCUGAAGUGGAUGCCUAAACAGAGACGCCCUAGACCGUCAUCCACAACCCCAAGAUCAACACUCAGUGCUGAAACAACAAAUACAACCCCAAGGACACUCCAUCGGCGUGUCCAUCCUGUUCGAACAACUUCCACCACAACAACCAGCAGUACGACAACAACCUCCCUUCCGCCACCAUCUGUAAUCGGACCAACGGCAAUUGAUGAUGUCUCACUGUCAUUGGAAGAGAGCAAGAAACCAACUGAGAAUGUAAUCACCAUCACACCGAGUACAGUGAGAGACUACGAAGAUCCCACGGUGCAGACAAGGCAGAGCUACAGUACAUCAAUCACAUUUGAAUUGGGUGAACGAAUCCCACACUCACUGGCCAAUGUCGUCGUCACGGACACCUCAGCACCGGAGCUGGCCAACGAGAUCCCCCACCCGGAGCCCGUGAUCGAGACAACAACACAACUAAUUGAAAUGGUGCGCGCUGAAUUGCAGCAAAUUCCCACAAAUGUCACCAAUGUUGCUCUCUUUGCUGCCGAAGAGGAGGCCUCCCCGUCGGCAACACCAACAGCCGGUGAGGAUGGUGAGACCACCCUGGCACAGUUGGCACGAUCAAUUGUCGAUCACGCGAAACGCAUCACGACGGAAAAUGAUCUACAAACCACAACAGCUAGCGAUUAAUGCCUCCUCUUAAUCUUUUAGCAAUUAUUCUCUCUUUGUAGUUAUCUCUCCAUCUGACCCCUGAACCCUGACCUUCCGUAACAUCUUCACGCUCUUCUCUUUCUCUCUCUCUCAAUGUGCUUUUAAUGUUUAUUUUCUUCUGUUUAUUUGUGAAGUGUUAAAGUUUUACAGGCACAAAUACGAAAGAAGAAGAAAAAGAAGUAAAAAACGGAAGUUCUCGGUUGGUGGAAGUGAAUUUAUAGAAGACAGAGUCUUAUGAGAAAAAAAUAUAUAAAUAUUUUCCAAAGAAAAAAUUCUAGAAAAAAAAAACGGAAAAUAUUGUAGAGAAAGUUUAAUGAAUUAAAAAAAAUGAAGCUAAAAGAAAAAAAACUCUUGAGCUCUGUUGAUGAAUAAUACCAAUGAAAAAAAAAUAAAACCAGAAGUAAUUUAUAAAAUGAUUUGUAAAAUAUUUGUAAAAAGAAAAAAUAAAUAGUUAUUUUUUAAAU